AUGUCCCUCAUCAACAACGCCGCCAUGCACAUCCUCUUCCUCUGUACUGCGCACAACUCCUUGUCGCAACGCCUGUACUUGGCGUUGUCCAAGACGCACACUAUCACAAUCGAAUAUGCCCAGUCGGAUGCAGCAAUGAUUGAGGCUGCCAGACUGGCCAAGCCCAACCUAAUCAUCUGCCCUUUCCUUACAGUCCGAGUCCCCCGCGAAGUUUACGACAACUAUCUCACGCUCAUCAUUCAUCCUGGACCCCCAGGCGAUGCUGGUCCAAGUGCCUUGGACUGGGUGCUCAUGGGCGAUGAUGGCUCUGUCGCUGACGCCGAGACACUCGUCCAAAACAACGCAUGGAGUGAGUUCGGCCGGCCGUAUUGGGGUGUAACCGUUCUGCAGGCCGUUGAGGAAUUCGAUGCCGGACCAGUAUGGGCUUUCGAACAGUUUCCUCUACAAAUCGAUUCCCCGACCGUCACCAAAUCAAGUCUUUAUCGUGGUCCUGUCACGCGGGCCGCACUCACAGCCACCCUCGCCGCCAUUGAGAGGAUUCAGACAGCAUCCAUCCGAGCCGCCUCCCCUUACACGCCUCCACCCUCUCCAGGGAGUGACAAGUUCUCCCCGCACCUUGUCAACCCCCUUCUUGAGGCAAACCCCACCUACCGCAACGCCUCGGUGACACUGCAGAAAGCCUUCCUCGGCGGCGUCACACAUCACCGGCCGCUUCUCAAGGCUGCGCAACGCGACUUCGACAUUCAGUCGCAUACGGCGCGAGAAAUUUCCCGAAGGAUUCGAUCAUCCGACUCCCAGCCUGGCUGUCUGACCAAGCUUUUUGGUCCCAGCCUCUACGUAUACGGAGGGUCCAUUGAAGAGUGUGAGGAGCUCACAGCUCAAGCACGUCCCGGAGAUGUCAUCGCCUGCCGGGACGACGCCGUGUGCAUCGCAACCUGCGACGAAAAGGGUAUUUGGAUUUCACACAUCCGUCGCCUCAAGAAAAAGACCGACGCCAUGUUGUGGCCCAAAGUUCCUGCCGUGGCCGGGCUCAACGAGCUGGGAAUCAUAGACGGCAAUCUCGUCGUAGAGAACCGCAUCUCCAGAGCGACCAUCGACUGGUCUCAAUCCCCUCACAACACGAAGCAGGACAUCUGGGUGGACUUCCAAACAUUCUCCGGGGCCAGGAGAGUGGCAUUCCUCUACUUUGACUUUUACAACGGCGCCAUGAGCACAGAACAGUGCUCCCGCAUGAUUGACGCCCUAGACUUCAUCUCAUCCAGUCAUGUCGUGGAGCGGCCACUUAGCGCAGUGGUACUGAUGGGUGGCGACUCGUACUUCAGCAACGGAAUUGCGCUCAACGUUAUCGAGGCGGCUGCGGACCCCGCUCUCGAAUCCUGGCUGAACAUCAACCGCAUCGAUGACGUGGUGCACUACCUGCUGCACGACUUCCCGUCGCGAAAUAUCCUCACGGUCGCCGGCGUCAGAGGCAACUGCGCCGCCGGCGGUGUCGCCCUAGCCGCUGCAUGCGACGUCGUUAUUUCGGGGUCAGAGGUUGUGCUCAACCCAGCCUACCGUGCCAUUGGCUUGCAUGGUUCCGAAUACCACUCCCUGUCCUACCCCGGACGGUGUGGUUCGGAUGGCGCCACCAGGCUGCUGCGCGACAUGCUACCCCUGUCACCGGCUGACGCGCGGGCCAUGGGUCUCGUCGACCACACGCUGCCCGGCACAGGUGCGCUGCUCGACAGCCGCAUUCGAAAGCACGUCAAAUCGCUUCUGUUCGCCAGAAACCCGGCUCCGGGAGCUUGGAAGAGCAACGUCGAUGUCUCUCCUGCCGGUCUCGCCUGCGCCCGCGCCCAGGAACUCGGUGAGAUGUCCAAGGAUUUCUGGAGUGCGAGGUCGCAAAGAUACCACCUCCGCCGCAGGGACUUUGUCCGCAAGGUCAAGGUGGACAAGACACCCCUGCGUUUCGCAAACCAUCGCAGAGGGUUGGGCGAGUUGGACGAGGAGGAGUCGGACGACUUUGACGACGUCGUUAUCUUUGAGCGCAAGGCCAGGGCUGCUCUCUUGGCUGACAAACUCAAGGAGUACGUCGAGAGCAUGACGUCGGCAUCGACUCCUCGCAAAGAUACAAGUCAGAUGAGCGCUCCGGCCCAUUCGAGGACCGCAAGCGAGAGUGUUAGCAAACGGGAUUUGAGGCCUGUAUUUUCAUGUUAUUACGAUGUUACAGCAUAG